UGAUGACGUAUUUCCGGUGGGCGGCAAAAUCCCAAGAGGCACGCUUAUCUAAAAGAUAAGGAGGCAAAAAGGAAAAAAAAAACUAGUGUUUCUGAACCUUGUCAUGGAUGUCAUCUUUCUGCUGAGUAGUUUUGGCCUUGCCAUCAUUUGUCUAGCUCAGCAGUGUGCCAAACCCAGUGGAGGAGCAAACAUGGUUUUGAGGGAUGAGUACAUUACAAAGAGCACAUUUGAAGAUGGGGCCAGUGUCUCUUUCAGCUGUUCUCCAGGCUACACAGCUGCUGGAGGGUCUGUACGGAUCACAUGCUCAGCUGGCGCAUGGAGCCCUCUGCAGCUGAAAUGCGAGAAGAGGAACUGUGGCCCUCUUCCAGAAGUGAAUAAAGGUGAUAUUGAAUAUAAAGAUGGGACUGAGUAUGGUGCUACAGCUGUCGUCACUUGUAGAUCAGGUUACAUAUUAGUUGGGCAAUCGGUACUCAAAUGUGACGUCCAGGGAUGGAUGGGGAGGGUGCCAACAUGUGACGAGGUGAAAUGUGUCACUCCAGCUGAAAUUGUAAAUGGGAGAUUCAGUCCAAAUAAGGAUUUGUAUGGAUAUUCAGAAGUUGUGCAAUAUUCCUGUGACAAAGGCCUUGAACUUCAUGGAUCCACGGAGUUAAUUUGUUCUGAAAAUGGGAAAUUCUCCUCUGCUCCCCCAACCUGUGUUCGAGUUGAAUGUAAAGAUCCUGUGAUUAGAAAUGGAUUUUGGGAAUCUGGCUCUCGACCACCGCACAAAUAUAGGGCUACAGUGACAUUUAAAUGCAAACCUGAAUACACAAUGAUUGGAAAUCCUACAGUGACUUGUGAUAUAAAUAGCAACUGGUCACCUGGUCUUCCAAAAUGCACCAGCCAUGGGAAUGCUCUUGUGGGAUUACUUACGGGUGCACUAGUAGUGACCAUUCCAAUCUUGUUGGUUUAAAACUACUGGAUAUAAAAAUGUUCCCCUAUGAAGAACAACAUGACCUCUGAGCAAUUUCUAAGGAAAUCUGCCUUUCAUUUGCUGGAAUUCAGUGCAGUGGAAGUUUACCACUACAACACGAGGGCUUCAACCUCUAUGUCUCUUUUAGGUUCAAGUAACUCGUGAUUUUUAGAGUUGAAAAUAUUCUGUAAUGAUAUGCAGCAAAGAGAUUCGUUAUCACUCCCUUCAUUGUUUCUGUAUGCCAGCACUACAGUAAAUAAAAGCUUGGUCUUUGUACUCAGAUUGUUUUAAGUGAAAUUUAGGUGUUUAAAAUAUUUUUUAAUGUUAUUUAUUAUAGUUUAUCAAGCUGUUAGUGUUGAAGGUUCACACUGAAGAAAACAUUAGACUCUUAAAACACUCAUUGUGCCUUACAUGUGGUCAUAUUUCAUAUACCUGAAGGGAAAAAGCCAUGUGUUGUAAAUUAUUGUUAGUUUUCAAAUGAAAUGGCUUGAUUUACCACUUGUUGAAUGUUUGCAUUAAGAAUGUGCAUAAUAUUUAAUUUAAUCAACCAAGUUCUAGACAGAAUCAAAGGAAAUCAGUUUAAGACCUUUUUGUUGUUUAUCUCGGUAAUUGUAUCUACUUAACUGUUUUGAAUCCUGGCAUUGACUGUGAUCUCAAAGGAAUGUGAAUGUAUUCUCAAAAAAAUGUUUGCACUUUUUCCUCUCUUUGGCAAAUAUUAUCUGAGGACAUAUUAGUAAAUAUACUUUUAAUCAAACCGAACUUGAAGUUCUUCAAUAAAUUAAGAAGAAACCUG